GCUAACCCCAACCAACUACGUUGCCCUUCUUCCAACCCCCAUUUUUUGGUCCAUAAAUACAUCUCAAUGAUAGCAACCGACACCACACCACCAAUUCAAUGGAUGCCACUCCCAAUCUAACAGUUCUCGAACGUUCUCGGAUAUCGCCACCACCAGCCACCAUUGGCCACCGUUCGCUACCGCUCACUUUCUUCGACAUUACAUGGCUACUCUCACCACCAAGCCAUCAUCUUUUUUUCUACCACUUCCCACAUUCAAAAUCCCAUUUCAUGGAAACCAUUGUCCCCAAUCUAAAACACUCCUUAUCCAUCACACUUCAACAUUAUUUCCCAUUCGCUAGCAAUCUGGUCGUAUUUCCCAAUGAUUCCACUUUCACUAAAAAACCCGUGAUCCGACAUGUGGAAGGUGAUUCUGUUGCAGUUACUUUUGCAGAAAGCACUCUUGAUUUUAGUGAUCUGACAGGAAAUCAUCCUCGGAAAUGUGAAAACUUUUAUCCGCUUGUUCCUGAGUUAGGUAGUGCUGUUAAAGAAUCUGAUUACGUCACACUCCCAGUUUUCUCGGUCCAAGUGACGUAUUUUCCAAACUCGGGUAUCUCUAUCGGAACAACAAAUCAUCACAGCCUUGGUGACGCAAGCACUCGGUUCUAUUUCUUGAAGGCGUGGUCUUUGGUUUAUGAAUCGGGUGGAGAUGAGUCAUUUUUAGCAAAUGGAUCUCCACCUAUUUUGGAUAGAUUGGUUGACAUUCCGAAAGUAUUUGAAGACCGGUUGAAACAAACAAAUCUCGAAAAGUUUUAUCAACCUCCGAGCCUUGGGGGUCCCUCUGAUAGGGUUCGGGCCACAUUUGUGUUGGCCCGAACCCAUAUCAAUGGACUUAAGAAACAGGUUCUAACCCAACUACCAAGUUUGGAGUAUGUAUCAUCUUUUACGGUAACAUGUGGUUAUAUAUGGAGUUGUAUUGUGAAAUCGCUUGUCAAGGUGGGAGAAAAAAAGGGUGAAGACGAGUUAGAACAGUUUAUAUUGGCGGUGGGUUGUCGACCACGUUUGGAUCCGCCACUUCCUGCAACCUACUUUGGUAAUUGUAGCGCACCGUGUAUUGUAACCAUAAAAAAUGUUGUGUUAUCAGGUGAAAAUGGGUUUGUUAUUGCUGCCAAAAUGAUUGGAGAGGGUAUAAGCAAACUGGUGAAGAAUAAGGAGGGGAUCUUGAAAGAUGUGGAGAGAUGGCAUGAUGGUUUCAAGAUACCGGCAAGGAAGAUUGGAGUCACUGGUACACCAAAAUUCGACUUCUACGACAUUGAUUUUGGGUGGGGAAAGCCGACAAAAUAUGAAGUUGUUUCAAUCGACAAUGGCGGGUUGUUUUCUAUAAGUGCCAGCAAAGAAUCAGCACAAGAUUUUGAAAUUGGAGUGUCCUUUCCGAGUAUGCAAAUGGAGGCGUUUGCUAAAAUCUUUAGUGAUGGAUUAGAAAAUGCAAUUGCGUAGUAAUUUGUCGUUACCUUUUUCUAUGCAUAUUGUUUGUUCGAACUAAGUUAAUGUAAUUCGGGUGGAUUAUGUACGUUCAGUAUAUUUUCUCAUAUGUAUCGUGCUUUCAAUAGGUCAACUAUCUCAAAUCCAAGCAUAAUGUGUAAGACUUUCAACAUUCACUUAUGCAAAGAUGAUGAAUUGCUAGUUCUCAUACGAUGACUAUACCCAUAUUUCA